AUGGGUGUCAUCAACCUGACUCGUGGCCGGAAGGAGAAUAUAGUAGUUGAGGACUUGCGCCCAACUCAUGAAAAUGAAAAGUCCAAUCUCAACUUGGAGCACACUGGAGUAGACGAUGGUCCAACCAACCUGGAUCGUGCGGAGAAAGAGAUAUCGGAACACCCCGACAAGGUUACCGCAAAUAUCGCAGAUGGUGUGCGCAAGGCAGAGGCCGUUGCUCUGGUUUGGAACAAGAAAGCUGUCUUUGCGAUCUAUGCCUGGAUCUGGGUAUGCUUCUUCAUGCUGGCAUUGCAUUCCUCCAUUGGCUCCAAUGUUCUCUACUAUGCCUAUUCCAAAUUCCAGGAUGCGUCCCAGGUGGCCACAGCCUCGAUUCUGGCAAGCAUCGUCGGCGGAGUUCUCAAGCUGCCCGUUGGAAAGAUCUUGACCCUGUGGGGACGUGCCGAAGGUCUGGUCAUCUUCACAGGCGUGUAUGUUCUUGGUAUAAUUAUUCUCGCUUCUUGCAACAACCCUGAAAGUUACGCUGCCGGCUACGUUCUUUACUGGGUUGGAUAUGACGCGAUCUAUAUCAUCCUGGAUAUCUUCGUUGCCGAUACUACGGGCAUGCGCAACCGUGCUUUUGCCUUUGCCUUUGCCUCAACUCCCUUCAUUUGCACUGCAUUCACGGGUCCCUUGGCUGCUACUCAUUUCCUCGAGAAUUCGAACUGGCGUUGGGCCUAUGGUUCUUUUGCCAUCAUUAUGCCGUUUGUCUUCCUGCCUCUUGCUGUCGUCUUUAAGUACUAUGAAAACAAGGCCAAGAAGUUGGGUAUUUUACAGCGCCCGGUUAGCGGCCGCACUACUCUGCAGUCGAUUGUCUACUAUUUGCACGAGUUUGACAUCAUCGGUGCCUUCAUCUUGAUGGCAGCUUUUAUCUUAUUCCUCCUUCCGUUUAGCUUGGCUAGCAACGGCCGUGCCCAGUAUAAAGAAGCCUCUUUCAUCGCGCCCCUGAUCGUUGGUUUCUUCCUCUUCUUCGGCUUCGCAGCCUGGGAAAAGUGGUUCACCCGCACUCACUUCAUCCCCUAUCAGCUUUUCAAGGACCGUACCGUUCUUGGUGCCUGCCUGCUGUCGGCGGUCCUCUAUUUCAGCUUCUACUCCUGGGAUCUAUACUUUUACUACUUUGUGAUGGUCGUGUACAACCUCAACGUUCAGAUGACUGGCUACAUGACCGCUAUCUACACCGUGGGUUCCUGCUUCUGGUCCCCGAUCUUCGGUAUCUGGAUCCGCUACACGAAGGAGUUCAAGUAUAGCUGUCUCUUCUUCGCACUGCCCCUCAUGACCCUCGGCGCUGGCCUGAUGAUCCACUUCCGCGGCUCGGACGCCGACAUUGGAUACGUGAUCAUGUGCCAGAUCUUCAUUGCCUUUGCCGGCGGAAUGCUGGUCAUUGGCGAGCAGAUGGCCGUUAUGUGCGCUUCCGACCGUGAAGGUAUCCCCAUGAUGAUCUCGCUUGUCUCGCUUUUCUCGAAUUUGGGCGGUGCCAUCGGCUACGCCGUCUCCGCUGCUAUCUACACCAACACUUUCCCUCAGGGCUUGCGGGAUGCGCUGCCGGAUAGUGCGAAGGACCAGUGGUCCACCAUCUACGAUGGUGGCUGGGUCACCCAGAUGACGUAUCUGCCCGGUACCCCGGAACGUGAUGCGAUCAACUUCGCCUAUGGUUACAGUCAGAAGUAUGGGUGCAUUGCUGCGACGGCUAUUCUUGCCCUUGCGGUUCCGUGUAUCGGUGUGUGGCGACACUACCGAGUUGACAAGGAGCAGAACAAGGGUACCGUUCUUUAG